AUGGCGGAAAAUCUACCAAAACUUCAAGCAUCGCGAGCGGGCUAUCGGGCCCAUUUGACACAAACAAUCAAGAAAGCUACAAAUAUGGCAACGAAGGAGGAUCCCCUAACGGACAGUGAUAUUACAUCCUUAAAGAGAAUCGUUGAUCAAUUAGCUCGGAAAAGGUCGAUUCUGGAAGAACUAGAUGAGAAAAUCGUAGGGAUGAUUGAAGACCCAAAAGAACUGGAGAAAGAAAUAUUCCAAACCGAGGACAUCAAAGAAGAAAUUGACGAAACGGAAGCUCAGAUAAGUAACACUAUUGAACAUUUUCAAUCUACAAAAUUGUCUCAAAGUAACUCCCCCUCUGAAGUAACUCAAGUAAUCUUAGAAAAUACAAGCAGUCAAUCCCCCUCAACAACAGUAAAGUUCAAGUGA